GAAACUUAAUUCGGGAGGUGCCGCUGCUGUGUCCAUCCCCGCACGCCCUCCUCCUGCCUCCGGGACCAUGCGGGCCUCCCCUCCCCGGGCGAGGCAUGGCGGCGCCGGCGCCGGAGCAGCUGCGAGGCCGGAGCCUGCCGGAGCUGCGGGAGAUGCUGAGUCGGCAGGAGAAGCUGCUGGGGGACCGGAAAUUUGUAUCCAGGCUUCCGGAUAAAGGUAAAAAGAUAUCCAACUUCGUUGAGAAAUUGAAGAUUGCCAUUGCACAAGAGGAAGAGCUGCAGAGAACAACUGAGCUUCUAUCUGCUGUUAGAUUAGAGUUCCAGGAAAAACAAGAGGCAAUCAACUCUAGCAAACAAAAAGGGGAUGUCAGGAAAAAGUCAACAUGCCAAGACCCACCUCUUAUUUCUGAACGUCACUACAAUGAGAUUGAAUCAUCUCUGCAGAACAAGCAAAGUGUCCGGACCAAGAAAAGAAGCAAAGCAAACAGAAGUGCAUUAGUAGGACAAGCCCCUGAGGACACCAGUUUUCCUCAAGGAAGCAAAAAUCUUUUGGAGGUGUCAAUAGCCAGGCUUCCAAAAGAUGCUCAGGAGGCUCCCAAGCAGAAUUCUCUAGACAAAGCUGAAAAUCCAGCACAAUCUGCAAGCAGCAGCAGUGAAGCACUGGUGGAUGCCUUCGAAAGAAUUUCAGUUGGAGGGGGAGAGAGUGAGGAGAACUCUGAAAAUGGGCAGAGUUUUGACUGUAAAGGCCGUGCUUUUCAGAACUUUCCAAACACACCACCCAAAACUCCACAUUACAUGGAAGUGCUGGAACUGAGAGCGAAGAACCCUGUGGCAAAAAGAAGCAAAUUUAAAGCUAAUGUAUUGCUGGCUGAGUCAUGUGGAUCGUCUUGUGGCUCCCCAGAUAUCCCUUCACCUAGAGGUGCCCCCUCUUCCCUUUCUGCAGAGGAAAGACGCCACAGAGAUAAGAAGCACUUGGAUGACAUCACAGCCGCUCGGUUACCCCCUCUGCAUCACGAGCCUACGCAGCUGCUAUCCCUAGAAGAUUCAAUAGUGAUUCAGAUCCAACAAAAGGAAGCUUAUGAGGAAAUGCUAGCCAAACUUGCAGCCCAGAAGCUUGCAGGCAGACUAGGCCCUCAGAUGGCCAGCUAUGAGCCAGAGGGGAGACGCUGGGCAACUACAGAGAAGUGAGGGACGAGGAAUGCUACAGCUCAGCUGAAGACUGAAUCCAAGGCAGAAUCUGCAGUGGAUGCCUGGGCGAAGACUCAGAAGGAUCGCAGUGCUUUUUGCUCUUGUGGGCUGCUACAUCUUUGCCCAAGGACGUUAGGAGUGCUCACCUGCGGAGGCCCUGGAUUAACCAGAGGGCUGCAGAGGUUUCCAGAUUCCCUGUUCCCUUUUCUGUUGCUUGCCAAAGAAGUUGGUGCAUUUUGAAAGCUUGUAAGUCAUAGAAGCAGCAGUCCACAGUGGCCUGCCUCAGUUGGGUUUGUGCAGGGGCAUACUGAGUCUCCUGUGCCCCCCAUGUAAAAGGGGGAGGCAGCGGAUGCAAGAGCAGCCAAGUCUCUGCCUUCUAAUCUUUGACUGAUUCCAAACAAAUGUAGGAUUUGUUAACUUGUGUAAAAGAUUACAAUAUUUUCUAUUUAAAAAUA